AUGUUUGCUUUGGCUCUCGGGGUGGCACGAAUCAACUCAAUCCUUCCUGGUCCGGUCUACGCCCUCUUGUCGGGUCUGAACGCAGCUACAGUUGGCAUUAUCGCGCUCGCUGCUGUCCAGCUUGCUAGUAAGGCUAUUAAAGACCCCCUUACUCGUAUCUUGGUCAUCCUUGGAGCAUGCGCUGGGCUGUGCUACUCUGCCUUGUGGUAUUUUCCGGUAGUCGUGUCAACAGGGGGUGCUGUGACGGCGGUGUGGGAUGUAUGGCUAAGCAGAGCGAUAGGCAAGUUCAGGGCACGGCUCCAACGACGAAGGAUUCGAGCGGCAGCCAAUGGAAUGGACGAGACAGAUCACGGUCAUGCUGCCGUAGACGUUGUAAGACUUGAAACUCUACCACCAACGGCGGCCGCCGGGUCACAACUCGGGUACCGUGGCCAAGGACAAGAUCUUCCGGCGUCAGUCAGCCUAACAGCGGAGGCAGCUUUGACUGUUGAAUAUGAUGACACAACCCCGGCGGGCAGCCCUACUACAACAGGAUACCACGGAGUCUCAGCCUGGCGAGGCUUGGCCGUCAUUACUACAUUCUUCGCGUCCUUCAUCGCCAUCCUUGUCCUCCGUAGCGUGCUGAAGAAUCCGCCGCGGCCGCUUGAUCUCUUCGCCAACAUGUACCUAGCAGGCACUAUCAUCUUCGGGGGUGGUCCAGUCGUCAUUCCUCUUCUGCGUGAAUACGUGGUGCAGCCGGGCUGGGUAUCUCCUCGCGACUUCCUGCUGGGUCUGGCAAUCAUUCAAGCCUUUCCGGGCCCAAACUUCAACUUUGCUGUUUAUCUGUCCACCUUAGCGAUGCGGAGUAGUGCCGCCCAGAACUACCCUCCCGUCCUUGGCGCUGUACUGGGCCUUGUGGGCAUAUUCUCGCCAGGAAUUUUCAUAGCAUACUGCGUACAAGGUCUAUGGCGCCUACUGAGGACGAAACCGGUCGUUGCUGCCACUUUACGUGGGGUCAACGCCACGGCCGUGGGCUUGAUAUUCACUGCGGUGUACCGACUAUGGGAGCAAGGCUAUCUCAUGCCACAACGUAGCAACGGGCAGAGUCUGGCAAUGGAGCCCUGGUGGGUCGUAGUGGCUACCGUAGCCUAUUCUGGUAGCUGUUGGUUUCGCUUACCGCCAGCUGUGUCUAUCAUGGCCGGAGGUACGCUAGGGCUAUUGUGGUAUGCUGCUACCCAGAUGAAGGAUGAUCACUCAUGA